AUCAGUACUGCUAUCAAGUCUGUUCUGGGCGCAAAACAGUACGGGCUCGAGGACACUCUGACUCGUCUUGUCGCUUCUGCGUGUUGCUCGGUGAUGCCUGAGGACCCUAAGAAAUUCGACAUCGACAACAUUAGGGUGGCCAAGUUGCCUGGUUGUGGCAACAUUCAUAAUUCUUACGUUGUGGACGGGAUGGUCACUACCAGAGACACGAUGGGCAUCGAAAAGCACAAGAAGAACUGCAAGGUAGCCGUCUACGGCUGCGGCCUCGAGAUGACCGGCACUGAGACGCAAGGGACGGUACUGCUAGAGUCGGGCAAACAGCUGAUGGAUUUUGCUAAGGGGGAGGAGAAAAAAAUGGAGGAAUUCGUUCUUAGUUUGGUUGACGCUGGUGUUGAGGCCGUGAUUGUGGGAGGCUCUAUUCAGGAUAUUGCUCUCCAUUUCCUGAACAAACAUCAUAUCCUAGCCAUCAAAUGCACGUCUAAAUUCGAGAUGCGUCGUCUUUGCCGGACUCUUGGUGCUACGGGUAUCGUUCGGCUCGGUGCCCCCCUGCCUGAUGAGCUAGGUUAUGCUGAGAGCAUUGAUGUUGAGGAGAUCUCGAGUGCCAAGGUAUGCUUGCGAGAUCUCUUCCCCUUUGCUUAUCCUGUUGUCAGGUGA